AUGCACUUUGUAAGCCUAUUAGUAGCAUUUUCCUUUACAAGUGGAGUAUGGGCUAAUGGAACUGAACAAUAUAAAGGUGGUAAUCCAAAUAAUCUACUUUAUAUUUUAAAAAAUAGCUGGAAAUCAUUGGAUAAAGAAUUUUUAUUUUUUGAUUCAUUUGGAAAUGAAUCGCUUAAAUAUAUUUCUAGCUUAGAGAAAUUUCAGGCCCCUAAUACUGAUCAAAUAAAGACAACUAUUUUGUCUCCAAAAAAAUUAUUUUUGGAUAUAUUAGAUAAAGUUAAAAUUCAAAUAAAAAAUGAUACAUUUGCAGUAAUAAAUGAUCUAAAUAGCAGUAAUGUAGAUAUUAUCGCAAUAUUAAAUAAUACAGAAACAAGUCUCGAUAUAUGGAAUAAUUUGAAUAAAGAUGAAUAUAUUUGCCAAGGAUUACAAAAUAUGACCUAUGAAUGGUCUGAAGAGUUCUGUAAAUAUGAGGAAUUUGUAGAUAAUGGAUUUACUAGUAAUGAUAAUAUUAUUAAAAAUAAAGGUAAUAUAUAUAUUAUGGAACAUAAAAGGAGUUCAGAUAUAAUUUCUGAUAAUGAAAAAAUUGAAAAUAAAAAGAAGAAACAUAUAAAAUGUUCUUGUAAAGGUUCUUUAAUUUAUUUGAUUAAGAAAAAAAUAAAAGAAAAUUCAUCAUUAAGAAGCUUGAAACAAUCUCUUGUAGGUUUUACAUUUCCAGAUUUACCACAAGAAAAUAAGCUAAAAGAAUCAUUUAAAGAUAAAAUAAGUAAAAGUUCAAUACAAAAAGUUCCUCCAGUUAAUAAUAUAUCAAAUAUUCCAUUUCCACCUUUACAUAAUAGUGGUAAAUUAUAUGAUAUUAAAGAUGGAAGUUCUAAACCUGAAAUAUCUUUAGUUUCUGAUGAAAAAGUUAAUAAUCAAGAGAUUCUUCCAAAUAAGUUUAUACCAAAAACAUCACGAAUCUAUGGAAAUGAAGAUAUAUAUCGAAUUUCAAAAUAUGGGUAUAAUAAUAAUAAUAAUAAUAAUAAUAAUAAUAAUAAUAAUAAUAAUAACAGAAGUGUGAAGAAUAAUAUUCAGUUAGUGAAUUCAGAAAUAAAUGAUAAAAAUAAAAUAUUUAUUUUUCAACAAAAUUUUUUAAAUGAAUCUAAAUUAAAUACUUAUGAUCAAGAAAUCAAGUCGCCAAAAAAUUCAAUAUACCAAGAUAAAAUAAUAGAUGAAAAGAAGCAAUAUACUAUUGUUACUGAUAUGGAAAUAAGAAAUAUUGAUUAUGAUUCUUUACAAAGACCAUUAAUUAAGCAAUCUUUUUACUUGGGGUUCACUAACCUAUUAGCUAAUGGAAUGAAUAUUAGUUCUCAAGAUAUUAAUAUUAUUAAAAUAUGGAAAGUUACAAAUUUAUCUCUUAGAAAAAAUAAAUGCUUUCCAAUUGGUAUAAAAGUAAAUAUCAAUGUAUAUGAUUAUAUCUCAUCUAUAAAAAAACUUAAACAAAUGCUUGAAGAUAAUGAAGUUCCCUUUAAUAACGUGUUUAAUACGAAAAUGUUGUCAAUUAAUUUAUUGGAAUCUAACAUGAAUAAAUAUAAGGAACAUAAUGAAUAUAAUACUAUAAUUGGUUAUGAUAAUAAUGGUAAAUCAAAUUUAAAAACAAUUCCUAUUAGUAUAUCUUUGGAAAUUAUUCCUUUAGAUAAAAUAAAAGAUGAAAUUGAAGUUAAGAAUAAAUUACAAUAUUAUUUAGCUAUUUCAUUAAAUAGUAGCUCAAUACAAUUAGUGCAAUUUUCGACAGAACUAAAACAAAAGUUAAAUUCUAGUUUUAUAUCGGUUAUAAAUACCGAUAUUUUAAUAUAUCCAGAAGAAAAUAGUGCAAACAGUGUAAUUUUAAUAUUAAAUAAUCUUUAUACUAAUAUUAUUAAUGGUAAAAAUUCAGCUUUUUCCAAUCAUUUCAAAUGUAUAGGUUACAAAAUAAAAAAUAUACCACAUACAGAAAAUAGUGCAAUUUACCCAUUAGAUAGAUCAACAUUAGAUACAUCAUUGGGAAAUUUAAUGCAAGUAAAUCAAUUAGAUUUACUCGAAGAUAUAUUUCAAAGUGAAAAUACUUACAUUUCUCAAAAUCAAGAUAAUAAUCCAGAUAAUCAACAAAAUAUUAGUACAGUCAAUAAUAUUAAUUCAAAUCCCAACAAAUAUCAAAAUAAUACUAAUAAUUCGCAGUAUUUAUAUUCAAAUAAUAAUCAAAAUGAAUUUUAUGUUGACUAUACUAAUGAUUAUCUAAAUCAAUAUACUAAUCAAUAUCCAGCUUUUCCAAAUCCACCCUUAGCAUCUACAUUUCAACCAUAUGAAUACUUAAACUCUCCUCCAAAUGAUUUCUUUAGUGGAAAUUAUUUAGGCAUAAAUGGUCAAUAUACCCAUAUGGAAGAAUAUCCAAUCAAUAAUAUUUAUGACUAUUCAGGUAAUAUACCAUUUAAUCCAUUAAAUAAUCAACAAUGGGACCCUGAAAAUAAUAACCAAUUAUUUUAUACCUAA